AUGGCGAAGCGCAGCGGCCCCGACUGCCCCCGGGUAGCUGGCUGCCGUGCUAACGCGCGGCCCGUGUCUGUUUCAGGUGGCUGGCUCCUGGUGGGUCUCCUCUGCCUCAGCCUGCCAGACUGGGCAGCGACCUCGCCGCUGCCUUCCUCGUGGCCCAACCUGAGUGACUGCCUCAGCGUUUCUAAGUCCCUGCUCGCCGCGGCGAGGGAAGCGCUGCGCCAGCUGCAGGAGCGUGGCAUGCUAGGAUUUGAAUGUACCCUUGAAGAGGUUGAUCUUGAAGAUAUCACUAAGAAUAAAAUCAACACAAUUAAGGCUUGUAUGCCAGAAGAGUCUAAGACUGGAAAUUGUCCUGCACUGGAAAGAGCUGAUUUUGAUAAGAUUGAGUGCAUGCGAGGUAUCAAUGAAGACCUGAAGGUUUACAAGGCAGAGUUCAAGAAUUUCAGUAACCAGGAGAUGCUGGCUAGCGUUAUUGACAAAAUGAUACAGGCUGUGAAAAUUAACAGUGUGAAUGUGGAGCAACCAUCUACAAACAGAGGAUCAGCCUCUUUCAAAAAGAGAAUGAGGUUAUGUAGUGUUCUCCAUGCUUUCACAAUUCGCACUGUGACCAUAGACAAGAUGCUGAACUACCUGAAUUCUCCUGGAAGCUCAUCAUAGUGCUGAAACCUGGAAGCACUUUCUAUAAAACAUUGAACUAAAGCUAUUUUAAGUAUCAGGAAAAUAUAUAUUAGGUUCUACUUACUGCAAGACCUCUGUGUGUAGAAUUCUCACUGGAGUCAUAGAAACUUGUACUCACAGAGGGCUUCCAGGAUUUGGACCUGAAUUUAAGAAUACAGUAAUACUUCUACAAAAACAUUUCUAAGCACAAUAAUAUUCUACAAUAUUUUUCAUGACCCAAGUUGUCUUGAGCAAAUUACUAUCAGUGUCUUUUAAGCUAAGAUGUUAAAUUUCUACAUUUCUAGAAAAAAUAAGCUAUAUUGUAUCAACAUGUUCUCCAAACA